AUGCAAAUCAGUUUUCUACAAAACCAGAGAUCCCUUCGUCUACCAGGACGAUCGCUUGAAAUUAGUCGUGAACAGGCCAUAUCAUCGUUCAAGCACUGCGUCGACCUCGUGAAAACGCACGACUUUGACAAUUACAUUGGUGCUCUCUUCUCUCCCAAAUACGCCAGGGCCGAAAUUUUCUCGGUGCUUGCCCUGAAUGGCACCACGGGUAUUUAUCGACUUCAAUUCUGGAAGGACACGCUCGCCUCGAUCUUUCAACAAACUUCUGGACCGAUUCCAAGGCAGCCAAUAGCCGUGGCUCUUUGCGCUUUUUGCAAAAAGAGCGGGCCGGACAUGCUGCAAAACUUGGUGUCGGCGCGGCAAAGGACGAUCGGUGACAAGCAAUUCCAAACAGUUCAAGAGGCGACGGCUUACGGUGCAGAUACUUGGGGCAGCAUUCUCAAGUCAUGGGUCGGAGCGCUGUCAAAGGGUCAAGCGGAUCUAUCUAGCGCACAAAUUGCAGCCGAAAAACUGGGGAUCGCCUUUUCAUUUGCUAACGUGAUCCGAUCGUCGUUGCCCCUGCUUUCCCGUGGGAUUGUUUUGCUGCCCGCCGAUCUCUGUUCCCUGCACUCUGUCACCCCAGACGCGCUUUAUCGUCAGAAAAAGUUUGAAGACUCCAAGUUGCUCAUUCGUGACAUUGCUCAGCUCGCCCAAACAAAUCUAAACGAGUCUCGAAAAUUGAUGGCUGAAGUUCCAGCGGAGGUCGUUUUUCAUUAUGAUCAUCAAAAAAACUUC